AAAAUAUAUACAAGGAUUCUCCGUCCCUUCUACUCGUUGGAGCAGCUCUAUACCAAGCAGAAGAAAAUCAAUGGAGAAGAUGAUCAUCACCAACACACCGGCUUCAGUUCCCGCCUUCACCAAUCUCGCCUACUGCUCACCUGCCGAUCACCAUGGCUUCGGCAUCCCUCGUUCUCCGUUGAGUCCGCUCUUCCUCGCCAAUGUUGCCGACGUCUUCGUCCUUUCCGUUUCAUAUCCUUUUUCUUUAUUUAUUCCUCCAGAUAACUUUAACCUUGCAUCGCUUACACUCGAGCUGGAAUUCAUCAAGAAGGGGACUAAGAAUGAGCAGGUUGAUCCUGUUCUGCUGGCUACACAGUUAAAAAAGAGCUUCAUUAACCAGGUUAUGACAGCAGGCCAAAGAGUUCCCUUUGAGUAUCAUGGGAAUAAUUAUAUUUUUACUGUCAAUCAAGCUGUUUUAGAGGGGCAAGAAGGAUCUAAUGCUCCUGAAAGGGGGCUGAUUUCAAAUGAGACAUAUAUUAUCUUUGAGGCAUCAAAUUCAAGUGGAAUAAAGAUUGUAAAACAGCGUGAAGCUGCCAGCAGCAGCAUCUUCAGGCAAAAGGGGUUUAAUCUCCUGUCACUGGGUAUAGGAGGCUUAAGCAAUGAGUUUGCUAAUAUAUUUCGAAGAGUUGCUUCUUGGCGUUUACCUUCCCAUGGGACAAGCAAAUUGGGGAUUAAGCAUGUAAAAGGCAUCCUACUUUAUGGACCUCCUGGUACUGGCAAAACUCUCAUGGCCCGUCAAAUUGGAAAGAUGUUGAAUGGAAGGGAACCAAAGAUUGUUAAAGGCCCUGAAGUUCUAAGCAAAUUUGUUGGUGAAACUGAAAAGAAUGUUAGGGAUCUAUUUGCUGAUGCAGAGAAUGAUCAACAGACUCGUGGUGACCAAAGUGAUUUGCAUGUCAUAAUUUUUGAUGAAAUUGAUGCUAUCUGUAAGGUAGGGUCAACCCUCCUUAUCUUUUCCUAUUCCCCUUAUUCCCCUCUGAGCAAAUUCUGGAGAAUCUGGUUAAAUAAGGGACACCUAAUAGUUUUCUGGGAUUUAGGUGCCAUGGUACCCAGUAGGCUAGGGGCGAUGGAUAAUUCUUUGGUUUAUGGCCUAGCCCCAUGAGUAUUAGUACUAAUAGUAUUUGUUGAGUGUAGCCGUGACAGCAAAGCUACACAUGUCCAGCAAUACUUUUGAAGUUACAGCACAGUGAUUAGCUAAAGUAAUGAAACAGGGCAACUAUUGCUUCCUUAGCUUUUGAAUGUUAUGUAACUUAAGAAAUAGGCUGUUGGCUUUGAAGUUUAGUUCGUAUCGAUAUGCUGCCCUUUUUCUGUUGUUUACUGAUAUGUCAUAGCAUUGGCUACUUAGGAGACAAGGUAGCACAACUUUGGGAAAAGUAGAAGUCAAAUCUUAACUUUUCAUUGUAAUUUUUUUUAUGUACAAAAGGUUGAAUUAACAUAUAUGCUGUGGGUUCUGCCUUUCAUCUUCCUUCUGAUUUUCUCUCCAUUUCUUUGUGGAAAAAACCAACAAAUGGUAUCAGAGCCCUAUUGAUCUUUGGGGGACUGUGAGAGAGUUAAUCAAAGCAUAACCAAAACCCACCAAACCUAGUGUAAACACGUGAGUAGAGAGCACCCUUGUUGUCAUGGAAUCCGACAUUUCUUUUUCACCAAAAACCCUGAUCUUCAAUGGCCAAAAUUACAACAUUUGGGCUGUUAAGAUGAAGACUUAUCUCAAAGCCUUUGAACUCUGGGAUGUAGUCGAGAAUGAUACUCAACAGUGUUGCUGUAUGCUGCCAUUGUUGUUCUGAAUAUACUCUGUAUUGAGAUAAGAAAGGACUUCCUUUGGUGACUUCUUAUAAAUCUCUAUCUUUACC